AUUAGUCCUAAAAAUGAUUCUCGAUGAAAUGGAUAAACACUCACAUGUAUAUUUAGUAUCGAGGUUAUAAAAUGAGUGUAUCUUCCUACUUUCUCUCCUGGGCUUAACCCAGUUGAACAGUUCUGAAUAGAGGCAAAGAGAAAGGUUAAUUGCCAUAGGUUUUUGCAGGAAGACAUGCUUUCAAAACGAAUUACGGAAGCCUGCAACAGUGUGAAGCAAAGUGAUUCAAAGGUUUCUUGUGGUAUUCCGACAACUGCUAGGAUAAAUGUUAAAACAAAGUCCCCAUGUAAUAGCCAUAGGCGAUAUAGAGUCGGGACAUACGGCUACGUUUUCUUCACCAGAAGCUCUCAACACGGACCAAACUACAUGGGUUACUGCCUCUGCGAAGAAGAAAGCUCUAACCACUUCUUUUCGAUUGUCCGCUCAAACGAGUGGUAACGGUCAACUAUCUGGAACGAACAUUUCCAUGCUCAUUUACUUCCUCAGCCACGUUAGUCGCCUUACAACAGUUCCUCUCCCGCCGGGCCCUUUUGCCCUCCAUGAAUCUCAAAUAUGCCCGACUGUCGUGUCCGUAGGAAACCCGAAAUUGAACGAAAUUGAAGCCAAGGCUUCCCACACACAAAAAAGAAUUUUGAGGAGUGCACCAAGUGAUCCCGCCUUUUUCUUUCCAUCUCUUGUUUAUCUUUUCCCAUGGCAGCUUUUGUCUCUUUCAAAUAGCUGUUACAUCUGUUACCCUCCAUUCGUCCGGGUAUAAAAUUUAAGAAGCCAUCUUUUUAACCAAAACACGCGCGAACGGAAGCCUAUUGACGGUAUUGAUGCAGUCAUCAAGACGAAAAAUGGAUUUAGCGUCAUAUUCAGGCCGUUUAAUCGGGAUGUCAAUCGACGUUAUGCAACAAUGGCAUCUGGAAAAUCAUUCUGGAUGGAAGCUUGAAAGAAUCACUCAGAACAGCCUUUCUCUUUCUUUUGUCGUCAAUACUUUAAUUCCUGAAAACCC